AUGUCUGUGAUCGCGUCAAAACGUCAGGCGUGUGCUGUGCAACCCUGUCACUUCAAUUAUGGGACUUCGAUCUUUGGUGCGAGGGAAGUCGAGGGUGAAGCAAAACUGAGUUGGUCAGCGACUCAAACACACAAUAUGGUCGAUUUGAGGCUUGUCAAUUUCGACUUGCAGCACAAAGCCAGCUCCUUCAUGGGCCUGUAUCUGCUGAGCAACAACCAUCUGUCCAUCUGUCUUUUCGACUCGGAUCACAUCGAGAAGCAGGAGUCUGUAGGGAGCUCGCUUUCAGCAAACACAAGCGCUUCGUACCCAGAAUAUGUUUCCACUGGCGACAAGAUAAGCUGA